AUGGGCCUUUACACUAAUUACAUUUUGAGUAUACUCUUUGUGUUGUGCUCAGCUCAAAAACACUUCAACCCACAACCAUCACAAGAGUUCCGUGAAUAUGAUUUGCUUGACACAGAAUAUCACCACAAAGACACAUCGUCCAGGUAUGAUUUGCGGUCAAAAGUUUAUGGUGUUAACUUAGGUGGGUGGCUUGUUACAGAGCCAUGGAUUACACCUUCAUUGUUUGAGAAAGUAGAGGAGUUGUAUGGCGAACUUCCCGUCGAUGAGUAUCACUUGUGUUCCACACUUGGAAUCAAAGCCAAAACAUAUUUGAGUUAUCAUUGGGACACUUUUUACACCGAAGAUGAUUUUGCCAAAAUUGCUGACUUGGGGCUAAAUUUAGUUAGAAUUCCUAUAGGUUAUUGGGCUUUUGGGUUGUUACCAGAUGACAUAUACGUACAAGGACAAGAGAGAUAUCUUGAUUUGGCAAUCAAUUGGGCAAACAAACACAAUUUGAGCGUCCAAGUUGGUAUCCACGGUCUCCCAGGAAGUCAAAACGGAUUUGAUAAUUCUGGUUUUAGAACAGAUAGCCCACAAUGGCUCAACACAAUUGAGAAUACCAACUUGACUUAUAAAGUGGUGGAUUACGUGUUGGACAAGUAUGGAAAUAUGACAGGUGUUCACAGUAUCCAGGUUGUCAAUGAGCCAAUGGGCUGGUUAUUGAAUAAGACAAAACUUUUGGACUUUUAUCGCUUUGCAGUAUCAUCAUUCAAAGAAAAACAGCUCAGUGCAAAGCUUGUUCUUCAUGAUGCCUUUUACAGCAUUGAGUCGUGGAACAAUUUCGGUGGAGAUUUUAUUUUGGAUCACCAUUUAUACGAGUGCUUUACCGAUUGGCAAAUCAACUACAAUUUUGAUGAACAUCUAGAUAAUGUCAGGAGACAAAGCAAAAGAUUGAGAAGCUCAGUUCACCCAAGUAUCGUUGGAGAGUUUUCGGGUGCCUUAGAUGACUGUACGAAGUUUUUAAACGGAAUAGGUAGAGGUUCACGAUGGGAAGGGACCUACCUAUCCAAUCACAAAGGAUGCUGUGACGGUAAAGACGACCCAGAAAACAUCAUUAACAAAGACGAGAUAAUGCUAUUCUUGAGGCAGCAGUUUUAUGGAUUUGAAGAGAAUAGUCUUGGUUGGAUAUUCUGGUGUUGGAAAACUGAGGGAUCAAUUGUUUGGGAUAUGCAGCGAUUGGCGGAAAACAAUAUGCUUCCGAUGCCUUUAAAAAAGCCACCAAUAAAUUUAGAAACUGAAAAUAAGAAUACAAUGGAAGUGGUUCACAAUGAGAGCUUAGCAGAACCGCCAACCCAAAUUUCCAACAAAUUUAUUGCAGUGGAAGCGAAGUCCUCCAAUUUACGAUUUUCGACAAGAUUUUUAUCAGUAUGGGUAAUUUUGCAAAAAUUUUGGUACUAA